AUGUUUUUCAAUAUCUCUGAAGGUCCAAUGCGUACUAUAUUUCGAGGAUAUUUCAUUGUGGCCCUGGCAUUGCUAGGGCUGAUCGGCGACCAGUGCUGCAAACGCGCAGCCAAGCUUCAACUUGCUAGAGGGAAAAGCGUUUCACUAUCACGCAUGACAGGCUGGGUUAGAUUCAUGGAUAUUGCAAAGAUAGUCUUCAAACUUCGUCGACUUCCAGGCGGACCUUUCCUCGGUAGCUUCAUGCUUGGUUCCGUUAUUCUUGCUCUGGUGGCUGAUUUCUCAGUCACUAACCUCGUUCUAUGGACGUAUGUGCCCUCAAGAUGCGUGUUUAAUCCUGGAAUUGUCCUCAGUACAACUCAGUCCAGUAAAUGGUCUGCCCCGCCUGCCGAUGAGUAUCCUGUACUGGUUGCCUCCAAUGCGCAAAUCACAAGCUAUAUCAAUGGGGGCAUGACUGGCAUCUACCGCAAAGCGAACAACGAUUCAACUUUCAUGUCGCAGCCAGAAGAUGUCUUGGGCAGUUGGAACCUAGGCAUGCUAUACUCCAAUGGCUCAACUUACGACUACAUUGAUUCUGCCGGCAACACUUCAUCAACCUUGAUGAUAUGGUCAGCUUCGGUUCCAGACGGUGCCAAAGGACCCUUUGAUGUCACAAUCGCAUUCGACAGAUAUGCUUCUUGGAUAGAUGGAAAGACGAUGAUAGGCUGCCUCUGUGCUGUUUCUAGCGAAAGCGAAUCCGACUUGAACGAUAUCAACGAGAUCUUAAGCUGGAUUGUAGCGAACGACACUUUAUGGCAAUGGAUUACCUGGCUGCCACCGGCUGUCUAUACCGGUGCUGGUUCCAAUGCUUCAGACUACUCCUUCUAUAAUUUGGCGCAAAUAUUGAACAGCCUCACCAUGGUCGAGGGUGGCGGCGAUCGAGCUUACGACAUUCCGUCUGACAAUGCAACCCAAGGAUGUUAUAUCCUUCAAACUUGGGUCUCGUCUUUCAUCUUCGCCUUAGUCGCUAUAACGGCUUUGGCAUUGAUUCUCAUGUUCGCAUAUCUGCUUCUCCUCACUAUGCGUUUGGGAAGUAGAGAUGACACCAACAACGACGCACCAGUGUCGAAACUUAUCCCAGACGGACUUCUUGGCUGGAUGUUGGAAGCAAUUCGGGAGAGUGCUCUUGGCGAAUACCCUGAAAGCGCUGCGGCUGUAUCCAAUGAACAGUUUGCUAUCAACAAUUGGAAGUUCAACACCGUGAACGACUCCAGAGGAAGAUAUAUGAAGCUCUCAAGGACAGACAUCGCUUUGGUCUCACACGAGUAG